GAGAGCGUGGUCUGACAUAUUGUGUCUGUCUAUAAAAAGAAUGUGAACUCGCAGAUGGUACCAACUGUGUUAUCUAUUAUAACACGGCACUUGCUCUACUAUAUCUGUUGUUUGAGAAGCAAGAGAGAAGAUGUUAGUCCCACUUCUCCUAGCGCUGGUGGCGCGUCAUUCCAUGGGUCUGACAAUUCCCGUUACCCUGGGAAACCAUUGGAGUGGAGGCUUCCAGGGCAAGUUCUGCAUACCCUUCACUAUUGACGUCACUUCCUGGAAAGCGCACAUCACGUUCAGCGAACCCGUGUCAUCACUGGAGAUCUGGCUUGCCGACAUAGAGUCCAAGAGUGCAGACGGAAAGGAAUUCGUGGUUGUCAACAAACCCUUCAACGGAAACGAGCAUACAGGCGACGACCUCUGUGUCAGCUUCCUCGGGCACGGCAGCGGCGACAUCGACCCUACCGCUACUGUUGUCGUUGAGAAUAUGCCCGAUCCCACCACCCCUCCAUCAACGACAAGCACCACGACUACCACCACCACAACAACGCCCACGACGACAAGGACACUUGGACCAGGAGAGACAUGGCCACCGACAACGCCACCACCGCCUACGACCACCGGCCUGCCAUCACUGCACGUCCCCCACAACAGGACGGCCAAGCUGGACCUAAUGCAGCAUCACGGGGAGAACUGGGAGGGGCGGUUCUGCUUCGACCUCAAGGAGGAGAUUGUUGCAUGGGAGCUUAUUAUGGACUUUACGGUAGCGGUCAAGGAGAUCACAAAUUUUGAGGGCGAUUGGACCCACCCCACCACGUCGUGCUCCAAACACCUGACUGUGGUGAACAAACGCUCCAAGGGCGUCCACUACGCCGGCGAACACUACUGCAUCCGGAUGAUGGGCCACGUGUGCGAAGACAAGGACCCCGACGGCACCGCCGUCCUCGUCGACCUCACCAACGACGCACAGACGUUGCCACGACUCCCCGUCGUAACAGGAGCCCAGGCCACCAAGUACAAUUACGCUGAGGUGCUGAUGAAGUCCAUCCUGUUCUACGAGGCUCAGAGAUCCGGGAAACUCCCCCCUGACAACAGGAUCCCCUGGCGGGCUGACUCCGCCCUGGGAGACAAGGGAGAUACUGGGGAGGACCUCACUGGGGGGUGGUAUGACGCUGGAGACAACGUCAAAUUCAACCUCCCGAUGGCCUUUAGCACAACUCUCCUGACCUGGAGUCUGCUUCAAUACAAGGACGCCUACGAGAAGACGGGUCAGCUGGAGAAGAUGUACGAGUGCAUCAAGUGGCCUCUGGACUACUUCAUCAAGUGUCACACCAAGCCGAAUGAGCUGUACGCACAGGUGGGGGAUGCCGGCAUAGAUCACGGCGUCUGGACCAGCCCAGAGCGCAUGACCGGAAGGAGACCUGCCAUGAAAAUAGAUGCAGCAAACCCAGGGUCCGAUUUGGCAAUGGAAACAGCCUCUGCCAUGGCUGCUGGUUCCAUAGCAUUUAAACAAAAAGACCCCGCUUACUCGGCCACCCUGCUGAAACACGCCAAGCAGCUGUUCGAGUUCGGCAGGGCGAACCAGGGAAAAUACAGCAACAGUGUACAAGGGGCCCAGGGAUUUUACACAUCCCAGGAUUACGAGGACGAGAACAGCUGGGGAGGUGUGUGGCUGUACAAGGCUACUGGAGAUCAGACCUACCUGGACUAUGCAGAGAAACACUUCGUGAACAAAACCGCCUGGGGCUUCUCCUGGGAUGAGAAGAUCGGCGGUGCCAAUUUACUGAUGUACGAGGCCACGAAGAAGGACAUGUACAAGCGGGUGAUCGUGGACACUUUCGUCUCGUGGUUCCCAGGUGGAGAUAUCACAUACAGCCCUAAAUGCAUGGCCUUCCGGCUGGAGUGGGGGGCCUUGAGAUACGCAUCCAAUACGGCAUUCCUAGCUUUGGUUGCUGCGGACGACGGAAUUAAUACCGAGUCGUACCGGAAGUGGGCAAUGACGCAGCUUCAUUACGCAUUUGGCGACGCCGGAAGGAGUUACAUCGUCGGCUUUGGCGUGAAUCCACCUGAACGGCCACAUCAUCGCGCCAGCUCCUGCCCCAUGUUACCGGCCCCAUGUGACUGGGAGUCCCAGACCAACAAGGGCCCCAACCCCCACACCCUGUACGGCGCCAUGGUGGGCGGCCCCGGUAAAGACGACAGCUACAAGGAUGACAGAAAAGACUACGUCAAGAAUGAGGUAGCAUGCGACUACAACGCCGGCAUGCAUGCCUCUACAGCAGGCCUAAUGCAUCUGGCUCUCGCCCACGAGCUCCCCACGUCAUACAAGGAGAUCUGCCCCUAGAUGCAGCCUUCACACCGUCUUGACGCAACACCAUAGAAGCUGGAAAAUUUCUUCAGAAAUUCAAUUGUUUAAAGUGUGUUUCUGAAGUAUGACAUUGAAAGUUUACACAACCAUGAUACAAUUCGGCCUGUGUCUUAGACAAGCAGAUAUAUUCAUGUAUAUUGAAAAAAGAUUAGUUGUAAAUAUAACACGCCAGAGAAUAAUCAAUGAUAAAAGUGAUUGAGAAUAUUG